AUGAAGUUCACAGCUGUUGUAUCAUCGUUGUUUCUCGCUGCGUCGGCCUUCGCGCAAACUACGCCCUCGGGCUUUGCUCCAGCGACCAAUGCAACACUGGAUGUAUACUACGGGACGCAGUAUAUCAGCCCUGGUAUCGUCGUCAGGAAAUCUAUCACGCAAAGAGCUCCUGUCAUUGGCCUCACCAACACGACACUUAGCGGGAAGUACCUCCUCGCAAUGAUUGACAUCGACGGUUCUCAGAAUGGACGUACGACAACUGUUUUGCAUGCGCUCCUGCAGGAUUAUACGCCAUCUAGCACCAAGCAGAACGGUACAACCGUCCUCACCACAACAGCGACAACCCCAUCGUCGUACUUCGGCCCUGCACCUCCCGCUGGUGCGCCUCCCACUCAUCGUUACGUGUUCUUGCUGCAUGAGCAACCGGCAAACUUCGUGGUACCGGCUGCGCAUAAACAAGCCGUUAGCAGCCGGUUCGGUAUUGACUGGCCAAAGUUCAUAGCUGAUGCUGGACUGAAAGCGCCGAUUGCCGGGAACUAUUUGCAGGUGAAGAGCGGAGAUAACACGAAGAGGUGGGAUGCGUAA